AUGCAAAAGUUCGCUUUCAUCCCACUCGUUGCUGCUGCUCUUGCCGCUUCUGACGUGCCAAACCCUCUUGGUGACACUACUUCCUACACUGGCACUUUGGCUUCUUCCUACUAUGCUGCCCUUGACGCCUUCUACGGUCAACCAUCUGUCGCUGCUGCUGUCGAGGCUGCUCGUACUCUCGCUUCCGACGACACUUCUGGUUACAAUGCCUGGGUGACUUCUUUCUACGGCCAAUACGGUGGUGACUUCCAGAGCAUUGCCUCUGAAUACGCUGAUGUCUUCACUCAGAACGACAUGGAGAGCGGCUCUGUGUCCAUUGGCUCUGUUGCUGACUCUGACGUUUCUGACUUCCUCAACUCCGUCACUGCUUCUGGCGAUGCUUCCUCUGUCGCUUCUGGCGUUGCCGCUGCUAACCUGAGAAACUCCACCAGAUCUGGCGGCGCUGGUUCCGGCUCCAAGUCUGGCUCUGGCUCUGACUCUAAGUCUGGCUCUGGCUCCAAGUCUGGCUCCGACUCCAAGUCUGGCUCCGCCUCAGCUUCUGGUACCUCUGGCAGCUCUUCCAGCACUGACAACGGCGGUGCCCGUUCUGGCUCUUUCAUGGCCGCUGGCGGUGUCGCUGGUGCCGUGGCUCUUGCCUUGUUGUAA